AUGUCGUCGUCUGGUGCGAACAGUGCAAAUCUGCUUAUGGAGCAGGUGGUCGCGGAAUUGAAGGCUCAGCGGCGGGACGCAGCUGUGGCGGUGACGAGUUUGCGGCAACUGUUCCAGUCCUCCAUCCUUUCGCUGAAUAAAAACCAUGAUGUCGCUGCGACGCUGUUCUCUUCAAAGAAUAGCACUUCCUCCAGCAGCACGCAGCCUCACCAGCAGUCUUUCACGCUGGCGCAGCGCCGCCUGCUUACGGAGCUCUUUGCGCUUCUGUUGCAGCCGGACACCAGCAUCGUUCCGCCAAGGGUGAGAAUACUCGUUGCCGCACUGAUUCGGGAAUUUGCUGUGUCCGUGCGGCCGCAGUGCGUCACGGAAGCGUUGUGUUCCCCGCUAUCCUAUGCACAGCACUUGUUUCAGCCACCCCGUGUGGCGGGUGCCGGUUCAACUGCAGGUGGAGCCUCAUCUCGUGGGAGCGGAGGCAAAGACCCUAAUUCGGCGGAGUCAGCGUUGGACCAGAGCGUGGAUUCAACACGGACGCCGCGCAGUGAGCAGCCGAUUCCGUCCUCCCCCAGCAGCACCGCGGCGGGCGCAGCGCAGUAUUUUUCCGAUUCAUUUCCCAAUCCUGUGGAUGUGCUCGCAGCGGCCGCGCGGCGGGUGAAGCUGGAGAGGAGUACUAGCGAAGGUGGCGGUUGCGACGAACAGGACCACAGCGUCGGUGACAGCAACGCAGCGGCAACGCCCUCCUCGACGCGAUCGCGAAAUCCGGAAUUCGCCCGCGGUUGGAACACGAUCCCCGGUGACACUGGGUACUACUGUCCCCCGAUCGUGUCGUCAACGACGGUACUGAGCACUUGUUUGCCGGAGUUCUUCCUCAAACUGGCACUGGUUGAGCUGCGAGACCCGAAGGCCCGAUACCCGCCAAACGCGGGUUUCGGUUUUGUGCGCCUGGAAAAUGGUACGAAACAUUCACAUGGUUCCCGCGGUGGAAGGCGUACUAGCGGCCACUACCCAGGCGAGAAGGAAAAAUCACCGGCCGAUUCUCUAGCUUCCUCGAACGGGAGCAGCGGCAGUUCCGAUACUGACUUAUUCGGGCAUGACAUGACAAACGACAAUGCAGCUCUGGCCCCGUCAGCGGACAUCGGAAGUCCUCGCCGCGCUGCAGACGACGCUGCCCGAGAUUCCUCUGGUGUUGUCAAAACCGCAGAAACAGACUCUCGCAGGAAUUACAGUAAGCGGGCUCACUCUCCGAAUGAGAAUGACAGCACCCGGUUUGAUGUGCUACAACCACUUGUGGAACAAGAUGAUCAACAACCGUACGAGGCUGUCGACGUGUUGAAUCUGUAUGUGCUGCGACCGUCCGGGGAUGAGUGCGCCGACGUGAACAUGGAAAAUUUGCUUGCGUGGUUUCUCGGUUUCCACCUGCUCGAGCGGCGCAUGGAGCGCGCACCCCUGAGUCGGCGAGCGCAGUGGACGCGACUGCUGCUACGCGUGGCCGUGGCGGUGUUCGAAAAACUACGCAAGGAUCGGGAGGAAACGCACCGCAAGUUCGAAGAUCAUCUAGAGAAGCUUCCGAGCAACUGGGUGGAGCAGCCGCAAACCUCGGCGCCGAUCCUGCUGGCGUCAGGGCCUGCAAAAACAGGUAGGAACAAAGCCGACCCGGGCGGCGCAAUAUCCGGCGGUCCUCGAGGGACCACAUCGGAAAGAGCGCACAGGAGCGGCGCCUCUGCAGCGACGGCGUCCAGCGAUGCGUCGUCGCGCAGCACGACGCCACGAAGUAGCACGACGGCGCGGUCGCGACACGGGAAUACUAGGGGACGCGGUUUGUAUGAUCCGCACAUGGCCGCGGUCGCGGCGACGCCCAAUAACAGGCACAGUCAAUCGAUUGCCAACACACCUGGCAAAACUACGUCGAUUGGAAGCACGACGCCGCCUGGUGCAACGCCCUCGAACAAACGAGUUACCGAAGCUUUGGGUCACCAGAGUAGUAGAUCACUACCAGAGCAGCAGUCCCCAGCCGACCCGGUAGAACAACAGCAGCUGGCAAACAAACUCUUUGAAAGCAUGCUGUGCGAAGACAGUCCUCUGGCUACGGUUUCCGAACUAGUGCAGGCAAGGGAGGCUGUGUCGGUUGCGUUGCGCUGCCACUCGUUGGUAGCACUGGUGCAUCACCUGAUAUUAUGCAGGGGGCGCUUGGCGUUUGCGCGAAAGUUGCUGAGUGUCGUAUUUGGUAUCUGACAGCGAGCUCGAUUUUGUAUAUUAGCUUAUCGCUCUCUGCUUUUAGUGUUAGCUUCUCUCUUUUCGGUCACUUUUGUGGAUACAAAAUCAAGUACUUAGACUGCUGCAGCUGCUUCAAACGCCGAAGUGGACCACUUGUAUGUAUCCGCCUAUCUGCGGCGGCGGAGCCUGCGUUCCCGCCGAUGCAGACCGUGCCUUGCGGGGACGGAGAAGACGAGGAACAGAACUUGCAAGAUGCUGCGGAAGCUUUACAGCUAGUGAAAUUCUGCAACUACGCAGGGGAUGCGGCCGGGGUAAGUCAGAAGAACACUGCGGCGCAAUCGGACCACGACGCCAGGCACAACAACUAUUCUUCCACCGGAAAAUCGGCGGAGCCCGGUACUAGGUUGGAACAGAACUACUGCGGUCCUCGAGAGCCAUACAGCACAACGUACCUGAUUCCCAAUCCAUUGCAGCACACGUGCAACAGCCUCUACCACAUUGUUCUCUUUCCCAUGGAGCAGUUUUUCUGUUACCUUCUGACCAGCACCAGUGUGAAGACGUCGUCAAAGGGGAAGAAAAAGCUCUGGAAGCGGCUGUUCGGCACUAACAGCGAGCACCGGCAAGUCACCGAGGUGGACGGGCAGUUUUCGUCGCCGGGAGAUAACUUCACGAUUUUAAACCUGUCGCUCGAAUAUACGGAUGACCAGGUGCUGCACGUCGCGGUUUUUUCCACGCUCUACCACUACCUGUACCACGUAUACUUUCUCGGCGUCUGUGCCAGACUGGGCGGCGCGACGUCGGAGGUUAUUGCGAAGAACGGAGCAACAAGAUCAGCGAGUACGAGCAAGGAAAGGUUUUCGGGGCGUCGUGGGGAGAACCACGACGAUGUCGCAAGAACGUUCGACGCGUCUUCGUCUGUCAACCAAGGCACUAGCGUCUCAGCUGACGAACCGCCACUCUUCUACCGAACAAGCCAGCGCGCCACUGCCUCCGCGGCCUCGAGCUCUAGCGGCUCCUCCGGGCCGCGCUUGCGAGGCGGACAACAGGUUCCGAGCUUUCAGACUCCACGAAGAGUUCUCGAGCCGUUUUCCACGGAGGAGGGGGAUGGUAACGACAAAGAUAGUACCCUCUUCCCAAUGCACCCGUACUUUCGAAACGUGAUUAUAGCCUACUGCCACCGUGUGUUAGCUCAGAGUGAACGCGAAGCCUGCGUGAGUAGCAGCAACAAUGGCAGCGGGCGCGGGGUCGAUGAAAGUGCAAAGGAUGCGUGGCCAAAGAGUGUCGCGUACGCGUGGCAAAGCCAGAUGAUAGAAGCCAGCGCGGUGGAGGCCGUGCGGAUUCUCGAUUUGCUUUGCAUCAUGGAUUCGUCGCUCGUGUCUGCGAUUUUCCCGGCGGUGAAGCGUGUCUACGAGCGGCAGUGUUGCGCUUCGACAAGCUCCUCCACGAGCAGCGCCUCCUCGACCCGCUCUGCCUUCAUGGGUGUUGCGAGUGCGAGUGUCGAUCACCCAGCCGGACCGCCGGGGCAUCACGCAGAUCUUGGCGCGUACGACGCGUCGGUCGCUUCGGGGAAGCAGCGCGGGUGUCACGGCGCCGCGCUGGGCGAUCCCGCCGGAGUAGGGGCGACGGCCCGCGGCCGCGGCAGCGGGAUUUUGUUCUGCACGGUGCUGCAGUUUCUGCUCAACCACGGACACCACGUGAUCUUUGACAUGGAUCCGGUUUUGUCGCACUUUUUUCUGUCGCAGACCAGGAAAUCGGCUUUGCUGGCCAUGAACACGGUUUUGUUUCUGAUUCAAAACCGCGACACGUUGCUGAAGCACUACCCCUCCGUGUUCCAGAAAUACUACCCGGUUUUGCUGCAAUUGGUCGUUCUGCAUCCGCGAAUCGUGUCGCAAGAGAUCCUGAGUCUUUUGCCGGCGAUGGUCGGGCCACUCUCCCUGCAAGGAUUGUUUCACCAAAUUCUGGACCUACCUCUGACGGCCGCAUUCGUGGAGGACCCCUUUCUAUCUACGUGCAACGUGAGUACCUACUUCGGGCGGGCCAGCAGCGCAGCGUACCACCCGGGUCUGCUGUCCUCUUCGGGAAGUGGGGCUGGAUCCGCGGGCCCGCACAACUCCGCGUUUGCGUACAACCUAGGUGCGGGGAGUGGUGGCGCCAGUGGCGGAAUAGCAUCGCACAAGCACGGUGGCGGCGCCGGAGCGAAGGCAUCCGGACUGCAUCCGGGAGGGCUUGGGGCCAACGGCGCCGGAGGCGCGGCACGACGAAAUCGGGGGCCUGGGACGCGUGACGACUUUGGAAAGGAUCAACAUCAUGGGGGGAGGCCUCGAUCACCACCCGGGCGCGGCGGUCUCGAACACGAGGGCGGCAGCGCUCGGUCGCGCAGUCCCCCGCACAAGCGCGCCGCGCGGGACCAGGCCGCGAAUCUGUACUGGGUGGCGCAGAUGCAGAAGUAUUGCCUCCGGAGUCAAGCUACGGACGACACAUUUUUGUGGCACCAAGCCGCGACGAGGAGCGACCAAGACAUUGGGCGGACCCCGCGGGACCAGCACGAGGAACGGAUUGCGGAGGAACGCGACGCCUACGUGGAUUUUCUGUGGCAGCGACUCCCGAUCACGCCGCGCGUUAGCAGCAUUUGUAAGCUGGUGCCGCGGUUUUUGAGUCUGUUCUUCGAAGUGGUGUUGAACCAUACCACGACUGAGACCGUGCGCGCACUGAUUCCGUUGCUUGUGCACCGGUUCAGCCGGGGUCUGUGUCCCGUAGAUUUCUUCCAGGAGAAAGUGCACUCCAUUCUCAUCGAGAACCUGCACAAAGUUUUCUUCUCCUCCGCAUCGGCUGAAGAUGUGGUGGACGCGCAUGUCGUGCGCGCGAUCCAGACCGGGGUCAACGCCUUUCAACUCUACGUGCCUGGCGCACCGACGCAACCGCUGCUGCUUCCACCUGUGCGGCCGCUCGCAACAAGCUCGAGAAUCGGAAUAAGGUCAGACUCGGUGGGACUGGCUUCCGGUAUUAAGCCGAUACAAUCCGCGCGAUCAGACCGGUCCUUUGCAAGCAGCGCCUCUAGGGGGAUGCACAACUAUUCAGGGUCUAGUGACUCUACUUCUCGAGCCGCGGCUUACGCGGCUUCCUUUUUGCACUUAGACGGGCACACGCAGGCCGAACUGCUGCAUUGGUUUCCGAACAUCUCACCCCAGACCGUGCCGUGGCCACUGCUGACGGGGAAUCCGGAAGGCCCGAGAAAGGCCGACACUUGCCAUCUGAAAUUGGUCGUUCACCUGUGCCACUUGGUGGGCGAGCUCGCUACGGACGAUUGCAGCGGCAGCGACGCGGAUGAGCCUUCUUCGCCAUUGAAUUCGGUUUCUGAAGGAUUCUUUCAGACCGGCAUUUUUGAAGCGCUAGUGCAUUUGUUCCUCGCGGCGUGCAUGCGGCUGGAGCUUUCGUGCUUCGCGGUGGUGGAAAAUCUCGCAGAGUACCAAAGCCUGGAUGUAGGCGGUGCACUGUUUUUCAACAGUACUACGGCAAAUAAUCAUCUUCACGCGGGGGCUGACAACUUCAACAUGCCACACCACAUGAGCGGCAGCGCCGACCAAUACCACCACCAGCAUGGGUCCUCAGCUUUCGGGGCCGAGCAUCAGGCCUCGGUCGGUCAUUACGAUGACGGAUCCUACACUGCUGGCGCUGGAGGUGGGCGGAACGCUUCUAGUCACCAUCUUCCUUCAGGCGGUUACAAUCAUCAGCACGAUCACCACGCUAAUCGGGAACAAGGCGAUCCGAGUUUGAAACUGCGGAUUCCGUCCGAGGACGAAGUGAUACGCCACGAUCCGCAUCUGGCAAUCCGGCACGACCACUUCUCCCCGCCGCAGCGCGUCAACGACGCGUUUUCUCCACGGCAUCACGCCCGCGGGCAGGGCAGCGGGAACUUCUACAAUUCGCAGCACCCUUCGCGCAGUCGGUCGCACGUGCGGUCCGCGGAAUUUCAGGUCAUGGAGGAAAACGAAUUACUGCAGGCCUGCUUCACGUGCAGCCGAACGCUGGCAGUGCUGAUCACGGCCUUGCUGAAAAUUUGUCUGGUGAAAACAAAUGAACGGAGUCCCGUGGUGCUGGCUUGCUUCUCGAAACUGUUGCGCGUUUUGUCGUGUCGCAAGCGUCACCAUCUGCUGGCUGCAGGGUAUGGAUCUAUGAUGGAAUUUUUUUCUUUCGUAUGGAAUGCGUCUCUCUGGAUGUUAACGCCAAUCACUUAUGUGUUGAUCAUGGAAACAGUGGAGUUGACAAGCGAUGUCUUCUACUCUGAACGAAAACAGGAGCGACAGUGGGUCCUUGCUGUCUCACUUGGAGAGUCGGUUACUUGAUGCUUUGGAGCUGCUCCGGAACCAGCCAACUCUUGGACACGUGAUCUUCAAUAAGCGGGUGCGGAACUCUUUGGCGCAUACGGCGCACGGCCACAACCACGUGCCAAGCAAUUACGCGCUCCACCCUUUCUGUUUGUAA